CCUCCCUCCUCCGAGCCUCGAUGCCCUCGGUGCUCAGAGCUCCAUGAUGGGGACGGUGACAGAGCCUAAGGUGUCCCACCCUGCCCUCCCUGCUGAGGUGGCCCCAGCAGUGGCCACAAGACGCAGGGCCCUGGAGGCCCUGGUGGCCCUGGCCGAGGCCUUGGGGACACCGGACAGCGUUCCUGCAGCUCUGGCCCAGGCUGAGGAUGCUUUGGGUCAGGCCCAGGUGGCCUUGAGGGAGCUGGAGGUGGCCCUGGAGGACAUGGUGGCCCCGGCAGUGGCCCUGGGGACCCUUGGGGAUGAGGACCCGGAGCAGCUGCGGCAGGUGGCCGCUGUGGCUGAGGCGGCGGCAGCAGCGCUGGAGCGCGAGGAGCGACGGGCGCGGUGGUGCCAGCUCUGGCUGCGGGCUGGGCACGGGCUGGCCGUGGGGCUGAUGGUGCUGUGUGCUGCCGUGCUGUCCCUGGACUCGGCUCGUGCUGCCCUGGGGGUGGCCGAGGAUGGUCACCUGCUGCUGGCCCUGGCCGCAGUGGCCCUGUCCUGCGAAGUGGCCCGGCGGGGCUUGGGGACAUCGCGGCAUCACUUGGCCACCACCGCGGGCCACCAGCGGGACAUGGCCCGGCGCCUCCGUGACCGCGCCCGGCGGGUGGUGGCCGCCAGGGCCAGCGCCGAGGCCGCGGCGGCCACCAACGAGGGCACCGCGGCUGUGCUGGGGCGGCUGGAAGAGGUGACGCUGGCACUGGAGACCUUGGUGGCCGCUGUCACCCGAGACAGGGAGGUGACGCCGUGGGGGACGCGGGGACAGGGGUUCCCCAACGCCACCCGGGUACUCGGGGACAUCGCGGCGACCUUGGGGACAUCGGGGGAGGGGCACGAGGAGGUGGUGCGGAGGCUGGAGGUGGCCCAGGGGGCGCUGGCGGGGCAGGGGUAGGGACAGGGCGG